CCUCAUUACACUUGAGUUAAAGUCGAUAUAAAAUUACAUUUGUUAAAAUGGUACUGUGUUAUAUUAUAUAUAUCAUUUUGGUUAAUUUUGCCUACAUAUCAGGUCUUGAAGUACGAUUAUGGCCUGUUAAUGCACGAGGAAAUGAAGGUUUUGUAGAAGUAUAUCACGAGAACACGUGGGGACUUAUUGGCAGUCCUGCUUACAGAUUUUCAGACGAGACGUCUGCUUUGCUGUGCAAGACAUUAGGUUUAAGCGAUUUUGGAUACAGUUCCGGAUGGACUUCUAUUGACAACUAUGGUGGAGUGGUAUGGACAUACGGUUUAGAGUGUCACGGUCAAGAAACUGUUUUAGAUCAAUGUCAUUUUCCUAACAAAUGGAAACUAGACUACUACAGCAACAAAACGGACUGGGCCUAUAGACACGGUACACGGUUGUUUUGUGUAGAUGCCCAGAUAACUGGUGGUCCGACGAAUAAUAGUGGGCUUAUUGAGGCAUCGUUAGAUGGUAACAAGUAUUCACUGUGUUAUGACGGUGUAGACAUGAAUGCUGCAAAUGUUGUGUGUAAUCAUUUAGGAUACGAUGGUGCAAUAAGUAUAGACAAAAGUGAGGCAGGUGUUUAUCCUAUAUACAAUAAGCAAUUGUCGUGUACUGGUUGUGAAUAUUCGCUAUCCGAGUGUGACCGGUCUCAAAAUUUGACCUCUCAAUGUAUUUUUGCGGCAUCUGUUACGUGCAAAGCUAUUCGACUGGCAAGAAUGAAUCAGUAUAAAGACGAGGGCCCCGUCGAAGUUUUUUACCACGGAUCUUGGGGAAUGGUUGGAAAUCCAGGAUUUGUUUUUGACGACAAAACGUCCUCCUAUCUGUGUGACAGAUUUAAUCUCGGCAAAGUUGGAUUCAGCACUACGGGCAACUCGUUACAAACGUACGGGAGAAAAGCGUGGUUAGGCCGCCUUGCUUGUGAUGGCACCGAGAAAGACAUUAUGCAAUGCAGUCAUGGCCCUUUUGGGGAAGUGCCACCGUUACAGCAUACAUACCGGAAAGGAACAUGGCUGUACUGCUUCGGAUUCAAUGUGACUCAAAUGCGGCUGACAGGGGGUGUAGGCCAAACUGAUGGGCGUGUUGAACUCCUUAUCAACGGCAGAUGGGGUUACAUAGCAACGCAAGGCAUGACCUAUAAUGAGACAGAUAAUGCUGCCAAGGUUGUCUGUAGAGAGAUGGGAUUCAGUGGACAUGGUACAGUGCUUACCGAUGGUAACUAUGGACGACACCACGAUCCGUUCUGGAUGUCUUUAGUAAAAUGUACAGGUAAUGAAAGCAGUAUACAACAAUGCCAUUUCAAGAAAGGAUCGUGGUAUGCCGAAUAUGAUCAUCCUUACCAUCUAAGAGUACGAUGCGGCGGUGGAAGUGGUAGCGGCUCCGUGAUUGUAGGCUGAUGUAGAGGUGGCGUAGCAAAGAGUGCUGAAGAAAAGAGACACUUUAUGAUUGUAACAGAAUAUAAACCACUGUAGUUAAUUUUAAAUGUUAAAAAUAAACCUGAUUUCUCAAAAU